ACAUAAUAAUUGCUUUGCGAUUUAUGCAGGACUUAUUGGAAGAAAUGCUACUGGAAAAACAACGUUUCUUAGGCACUUGGCUAUGCAUGACAUUGAUAGCAUUCGCCAAGUAUUGCACGUGGAGCAAGAAGUGGCAGGUGAUGAUACAUCAGCCUUGCAAUGUGUUGUUAAAACUGAUAUUGAAAGAACCCAGCUUUUGGAAGAAGAAGAUCGUCUCCUUGCUCAACAGAGAGAACUGGAGCUGGAGAAAGAAACAAGAAAGAGCAAUGGAGAAAUUGACAAAGAUGCCAUUGGACUGAGGCUUCAGAUGCCAGUGGAGAAAUUCUUGAUAGAUGUCUUUUUCUUACUUGUUCUGGUUUUUGUAUGUAUAUUUGUUAAAUCAGAGGAGUAUAGUUACGAUUUUCGUAAACAAGCCUUCUUUGAUUCGCAUUAAGCCCUCUUGUAGUCUUUCCAGUAAUACAUAUUGCUUUGUUUGUCCAUUUUAAUACCUCUUGUAGUUACUUUCUUCCCUCUGCUUUCUUUUACUCCAGACCAUGUGCCAUGUUUGUAUAUCCUGUACAAAAUUCUGA